AUGGUCAACGAAGUCCCCGCUUAUGUGCUUGCGGCUCUCACAGCAGGUGGCGGCAUCACCGGAUACAUUCGCACCGGAUCGUUGCCAUCUGUUAUCGCUGGAACUGCUGUUGGUGCUCUGUACGCCCUAGGCGGCUACCGCAUUGCCACAAACCAGCAAUAUGGGCUCGAGCUCGCCCUCCUUGCCUCCUUGGUGCUUGCUGGCUCAUCCAUUCCUCGCGCUAUUAAGACUCAGAAGGGGCUUCCAAUUGGUUUGAGUCUCCUUGCUCUGUACGGACUGUUUACGUACGGCACUGCGUAUAAGAAUAGGUUGUAG